ACCCACCAAAAAAAAUAUAUUCCCGACAAAACUCGAUACCAAUAGAGUAAUUUGAUUGCCAGUGAUUGCGCUUCCUUGAGGCAGUUCAUAGAAGGAAGAAAAUGGCUCAGGCUAUGGCUUCGAUGUCGGGUCUACGCGGCUCGUCCCAGGCGGUCCCCGAGGGCAGCCUCCAGCUCAGCGGAUCGACCCGCCUGGCCGUGCCGAGCGGCAGCAGCCGGGUCACCGUGAACCGGGCUGGAUUCAGUGUCAGGGCAUCCGCCGAGGCAGAAACUAGCCGGAGGGCCGUGCUGGGCCUGGUGGCCGCUGGGCUCGCCUCGGGGUCGUUCGUCCAGGCCGUGUUGGCUGAGGCCAAGUCCAUCAAGGUCGGGGGACCUCCUCCCCCCUCGGGCGGACUUCCCGGGACAUUGAAUUCGGACCAGCCGAGGGACCUGCAGCUGCCCCUGAAGGAGAGAUUCUUCCUGCAGCCGCUGACCCCCGCGCAGGCAGCAGCGAGGGCAAAGGAGUCGGCCAAGGACAUCAUUAACGUGAAGGAGCUGAUCAACAAGAAGGCGUGGCCUUAUGUGCAGAACGAUCUCCGGCUCAGGGCCGAGUACCUCCGCUUCGACCUCAACACCGUCAUCUCUGCCAAGCCCAAGGACCAGAAGAAGCCCCUCAAGGACCUCACCGGCAAGCUCUUCCAAACCAUCAGCAAUUUGGACCACGCAGCAAAGAUCAAGAGCACUCCUGAAGCAGAGAAGUACUAUGCCGAGACCGUAUCUGCCCUCAACGAUGUUCUUGCCAAGCUAGGCUAAACCAAGAGACUCUGUGUAUUAAUUUUCUUUGCAAGUCUUUUCUGUAAGGAUAUCCAUGAGACCCCGUGUUUUAAAAAGCUACUUCGUAUUCGACUCAACUCUUGCUGCACAAGAACGAUUAUAUCGACCCGUUCCUUAAAUUUUAUAAAAA